CAGAAUCCUGCCUUAUCGUCUUUCUCGAUUUCUGCUGCUUUCCGUCAUCCGGUUAAGCAGGACGAAAUUACUAUCCCGAGAUCACUGCUCUAUAUCAUAGUCUCAUCCAUCUUCAUCUCAUUUCUGCUCCUAAUCUUCUCGCUCCUUGACCUCGGAUAUUUUUCACUCUGGUUGACACCCGCAUUAUGCCUUUUCACGCUGCUGUAUUUCACCGGUGUAUAUGUUCUCUCCCGAAUGGAGCGUAGAAUUGAGGAACCAACGUAUUUUCCGAUGGUCGUCUUUGUUGGUUAUAUCAUGACAAUAAUUUGGCUGGUAUCUUUCAUCCUUACCGUUGUCGUCUUUGCAGCGUAUCCGCACAUGGUAGAUGUUUUGCGUCAGCAAGGUCUUCACAUAGCAUCUGUUGGGUUGCAGAGUCAUGUAAUUGCGAUGGAGGAGGGUGAUCCUGAGAAUUGGAGGAUUUUAAUAGGGAAAACGCAGAAUCUGGCUGCCAAUGUUAGCCUCGCAAUCUCACCCUCGCGAAUCAUUUUCACUAAUGUUCUUAACCCAUUCAAUCUGAAUGAUCCUUCCAUGAUUCAAGAGCCUCGCGAAGCUGCUGCCCCUACCAUUCAGCCUGACUGGAUCACUGCAGCUGUCCUCGAAGAUAAUAUGACUGUGGCUCCUAGAACACCCAAGCCUCCGACCUCGCCUUGUCCCCAGAUUGAAAUUUUUUCGCCAGGUCCAAUGGAUGAUCUGUACGACGAUGCUUACAUUAGUGACUAUCACCGCGAGGAAGUACCGGAACAUCAGGUCUCCCCUGGUGCCCCUCAUAUCAGUCCUCGCGGUAAACCAAACAGCGAGUAUUCGGAAAAGGAGCACUUCGAACGGGCAUACUUCCCUCGUCUAUCGGUGUUUUCUCCUCGCCUAGUACAUUUGCCUCCAUCGCCUUUGCCUUCUUCGUCUUAUCAUUCGCACACAACGCGCUCCGAUACCGACGAUGACUCGGAGACUCCUGAGACUCCUGAUAGAUGGUCUGACGAGGAUGAGGUCGAGGAAGAGUAUCAUGCCGCACAUUUGAGGUAUUAAAUAAUGGAUGGAUAUGUGGUGCGCUGAGUUUCGAGCCUUUUAUGUAUGUACGAAUGUUCUCGGUG